GCCAAUAUACGUCAUCAAGACGUGAUAACAGUGAUACCGAUCAGCAGCUCUAUAUCGGAAUUUGGGCGCUUUAGAAAAACUGAGGGGGAAAAGAAACGCUUUCAUUCUGCAGUUGAAGCAAUUCGCUGUUUUCUGCCGUUGGAAUACGAGAAGACUUUACGCCAGGGCGCGAAAUAAUGGCGGUUUUGGGUGGCGCGUGCCGGCUCAUGCAGCUGGUCAGGUUGAGUCCGCCGGUGAGUGUGUGCACGAGUGUGUUUCUCAGACAGCAGUCGACGGCCGCAGCAGCUGUGUUGGCCAGCUCCACCGCUCCAGAGACUCAGGAGAACAGAAAACCCAAGACAGGGAUUCUGAUGCUGAACAUGGGCGGCCCGGAGAAACUGGAAGACGUGCAUGACUUCCUCUUACGGCUCUUCAUGGACACAGACCUCAUGCAGCUUCCUGUGCAGAAUAAACUCGGCCCUUUCAUUGCCAAAAGACGAACCCCAAAGAUCCAAGAGCAGUACAGCAGGAUUGGAGGAGGAUCUCCGAUCAAAGCCUGGACCACCAUGCAGGGAGAAGGCAUGGUCAAACUGCUGGACGAGAUGUGUCCGGAGACGGCUCCUCACAAGUUUUACAUUGGGUUCCGGUACGUUCAUCCUCUGACGGAGGAGGCCAUCGAGCAGAUGGAGAAGGACGGAGUGGAGAGAGCCGUGGCCUUCACACAGUACCCACAAUACAGCUGCUCCACCACAGGCAGCAGUCUGAACGCCAUCUACAGAUACUACAGCAGUCGCAGCGACAGGCCCAAGAUGCGCUGGAGUGUGAUUGACAGGUGGCCGACACACCCUCUGCUGAUCGAGUGUUUUGCUGAUCAUGUUCGUAAUGAGCUGGAGAAGUUUCCUGCGGAGAAGAGAGACGACGUGGUGAUUCUGUUCUCCGCUCACUCUCUGCCGCUGUCUGUUGUGAACCGGGGCGAUCCGUACCCACAGGAAGUUGGCGCGACGGUUCAGAGGGUGAUGGACCGAUUAGGACACUGUAACCCAUACAGACUCGUCUGGCAGUCAAAGGUGGGGCCAAUGGCGUGGCUGGGGCCGCAGACUGAUGAGGUCAUCAAGGGCCUCUGUCAGCGCGGGAAGAAGAACCUGCUGCUGGUGCCCAUCGCUUUCACCAGCGACCACAUCGAGACGCUGCACGAGCUGGACAUCGAGUACUCGCAGAUCCUCGGGGAAGAGUGCGGCGUGGAGAACAUCAGACGAGCCGAAUCUCUGAACGGAAAUCCACUCUUCUUCAGGGCGCUGGCGGAUCUGGUUCAGUCCCAUCUGAAGUCCAACGAGCCGUGUUCCCGUCAGCUCACCCUCCGCUGUCCGCUCUGUGUCAACCCCACCUGCGCUCAGACCAAGGCCUUCUUCUCCAGCCAGAAACCCUGACCUCUGACCUCUGAGCAGCGCUGGAGUCAUGUGACUUCCUCCAGACGUGACUCUGGAUCGAGCCGCAGAAACGCACAAAUCACUGCUGUUUGCUGUCUGAUCGCGUCAUCUCUGCCCCAAAUCCAGAGAAAACCCCAAACAUUUCACAUAAAUAAAUGGUUUAUAAGAGAUUGUGACGUUCUUGUCAUGACAGCUUCCUGCAGCUUUUCAUUCCUGUUAUGCAAGAAAAAAAAGACUACUU